GGGCAUUUUGUUUGCUGGGUUAGUCUGUCAGACUUUCCUAUAUCAUGUUGCUCCUUUGACAAAAUAGACACACUAGAAAUCGUCAGGAUUAAGGCGAAGAACUCGAUUUCCAGUUUUGAUCUGUGUACAGUACUGAAUAGUGUACCCGCUGCGCAAGGGUUGCGGGGUGGGGGAGGGUUGACAGGAAGUUUUGCCUGGGAGGUUGAACUCAGGGGAAACAAAACCCCCUUUUCUUCUUGUCAGAGGCCAACUGUGUCCGGUGACAAAACAAACAGCUUUCUACCGGUAACAGCGAUUUAAUCGAGGGAACUGUAUCCAUUUCACCCGGGCAAAGACUCACCCGGGUUUCGCCUAAACUACAGGCUUCUUUCUCAUCUAACGUCGCCUCCACCAUGGCUGCUCUUGUUAGAGAUUCUGCUAGUGUGCCUGUCCGAGGCGCUGGUGAUGGCAUGGAAACUGAAAAACCACCAGCCAUCCUGGAGGUAAACACAGAUACACUGCCACCAGGUCCAUCUGCAGUUCCACUUCUGAAGGUGGCUAGCCCAAAACACAGCCCGAAAUCUACCCAUCCCACUCCACCUGCUGCCCCCCAGCCUCUCGGGGUGCUCCACCUGGGCAAGGUGAGUCGAGAGGCCUGCACAGAGGUGGAGGCUGUAAGGAUCAUCAUCCCGCGUGCUGCUAUUAGCCGGAGCAGCCGUACAGGACCUGCUGAGGGAAAAGGGGAGGCAGGGCAACAGGGUGAGGAGCAGGGCUCUCCCCCACUGCCUCUGACGGAGGACUGGAGAGGACAGCUGGAGAAGCUUCAGAACUCUGAACGCAGGCUGCUGCAGGACAAGGAAGGCCUUUGUAAUCAGCUCCGUGUGCAGACAGAGGUGAACCGUGAGCUAAAGAAACUGUUGGUGGCGUCAGUGGGCGAUGACCUUCAGUACCACUUUGAACGUCUGGCACGGGAGAAGAACCAGUUGAUUCUGGAGAACGAGGCUCUUGGCCGGAGUCUAGCGCACACCGCUGAGCAGCUGGAGCGAAUGAGUAUCCAGUGUGACGUUUGGAGGAGCAAGUUUCUGGCCAGCAGAGUCAUGGCAGAGGAGCUGACGAAUGCCAGAGCAGCUUUACAGAGACAGACCAGAGAGGCACAAGGAGCCAUUCAGGACCUGCUGUUAGAGAGAGAAGAGUUCUCCAGGGACAUGGUUCUCACUCACAGAUCUCUGGAGCAGCUGCUGGUGUCUCUUCAGUGGGGCAGACAACAGACGUACUACCCCAGUGCACAGCCCCUCAGCACAAGAGAGCUGGCAGCAGCCAAUCACAAGCUAGCAGAUGCCAUCAACUCCCACCUGCUGGGCAACAGUAGCAGCAGCAGCAGCAACGUGGUAAAGAGCAGCAGCGCAACAGCUGAACAGCUCUGCAGCACACCUGCUGAGAAGAUGGCUGAGAAGGUGCUGAAGAUUUUAGAUCCAAUUUCCUGUUCAGAAAACAAGACAGAACCUCCACUUAGUGACUCCAGCCCAUCAGACUUUCUCAGCAAUAAGAAGAGCAUCGGCAGGUUUCACCCAUAUACCCGCUAUGAGAACAUUACGUUUAACUGCUGCGAGCGCUGUACCGGAGACAUCCUGGUGCUGUAGAGGUCAAAGCGCGGCAACAUGUCCCCGUCUGACAUCCAGUGCAGCAUCUGAGCGUAUUUCAAAUGAUCCAAACGGGAGGAUAUUGCUGCUUCAUGUUGAGUGACACCAAAAGUUGGCUGCUAUAUAGUAUAGCAGUGAUACAAUAUCUGUAUCACUUUGAGUCUUUUGCUAGUACUACCCAUUUCAUUGCAGAGCAACCCUUACUGUUUUUCUUCCUUCGGAUAAUGGUUUUAAAUUGUAUCAACCUGCUGUGUAAUUUGCUCACUGUAGCUUGGUUUAAACCAUGGAAAGUGCUAUUCAUUGCUGGGAUGAGAGGUCAAGAUGAGACAGUGUUACUUGCUGAACAGACACAGUUAGGGUGUCUGCUUAUUCAAAUGUGACCAUAAGUUUUAAUUACAUAUUGAUAUAUUCAUAAGCCAGUGUGCACACAAUAGAGCAAACGGGAUGUCGUGCAUAAGUGUGAGUUAGCCCUUUGACAGGGUAGCCUGUUGUGGAAUUACCCUCCAGGAAACUAACUGCACAGCACUGUUACUGUGUAAUAAAUUAAUGGUAAUAAAAAUAAGUGAGCCUCUUCCACUGCAGAGGACUUCCCAGUUCCUCAGUAUGAUGGUGCUAUCAUAUUUUAAAAAAUACUGUAUUAAUGUAUUGUGUACAUAACAUGCUGUAAAAGCAUUUUAAUAUACAUUCAGUAUUUUGGAUGUGGAUUGACGGUACUACAAUAUACUAUUACUGCACAGCAGUAUCACUCA